AUGACUGCAGCUGCUCUCAUCGGAGACCAGCUGAUCCUUGAAGAGGACUAUGAUGAUAAUUAUACACCUUCUGAACAAGAGAUCCAUGAGUACGCAAGAGAGAUUGGCAUUGAUCCUGAAAGGGAGUCGGAGCUCCUGUGGCUGGCCAGGGAAGGCAUUGUCGCCCCUCUCCCCCCCGAGUGGAAGCCUUGCCAGGACGUGACGGGGGAUAUCUACUAUUUCAACUUCUCCUCGGGACAGUCCACGUGGGACCACCCCUGCGACGAGCACUACCGCCGCCUGGUGGCCCAGGAGCGCGAGCGCGCCCAGCUCACGACCGCCACAGGAGGUGGAGGCGCGCUGAGUUCCUCUCUGGGACGCCUACCGUCCCCUCUGGGCAGCCUGGCUCCUCUCAGAGGUCUGGACGCCCCCGGCCCGGCCCCCCUGUCUGGCCCUGCUCCCGCUCUCCGGCGCACCCUCGGGAGCUCCGGGGGACUGGAGCCGCUAAAGACAUCGCUUGGGAGCCUUCGGGGCAGUGGAGCCUCGAGUGUUUUGGGAAACAGGAAGGAGGAGCGAGUGUCCCUCACUCUGCCUGGCUUUGAUGAUGAUGAAGAUGAUGAUGACAAUGAGGAUGAGAAAAUCUCAGAAAACGUGGUGCAGUACAACCUAAAGACAAGUUUAAGGCCAAGUCCUCGUGGUUCAGACCGGUUAUUGAAGAACCUUCACCUGGACCUGGACGCACUCGGAGGAGGCCUCCAGUAUGAGGAGUCUCUGAGGGGCCGCCACCUCCACCUGUCCUCACUGAGGGGCAGCAGAAACCACGUCAGUGAGGAGGUGGCCCGUCCUGAACAGGAAAUAGAAAAAGAGUUAACUGAGGUGGUGGAGGAGGAGGAGGAGGAGAAGGAGGAUGUUCAGGUAGAAAAGGGAGAGGAUGAAGCAGGGGAGGGAGGGACGGAGGAGAGAGGAGGUGAGGAAGAUAGGGACGAGGAAAAAGUCAAAGAAGAAGUGGAUGAGAUGCAGGAUGAGCAGGGAGGAAGUAAAAGGUCUAUAGAAAGCAAGAAGGAGUUGGAUGAGGAAGAGAGCGACGAGAUAGAAGUGGAGUGCGGCGAAGGCGGUGAUGAAGAGUCCGAAAACAUUGAACACAGUAAACAGCAGGAGAGCAAUGAAAGAGAGGAAAGGGACAGUGAUAAGGGCUGUUGUGCUGAAGGGGAGAGUUUACAUAAAGAGAAAGAAGAGGCGAAGGAAGAGGUGCAAGCAGAAGAAGAAGAUAAAUAUGAAUUUGAGGACGGUAGCGAUGAAGAUUUGAAGAAAUCUUCCAAAAGUGGUCAAGAUGUUGGAAGUGAAAAGGAGGAAAAAGAAGGGGAUGAACUUGAGAAAAGCGUAGAUAUCGAAGAAGGGCAGGAGAAGAGCGAGGAGGAGAUAGAUGGGGAAAGGGAGAAGGAGGAGGAGGAGGAGGAGGGUGAGAACGAGGAAGCUUUGGAGAGAUGCUCCCUGAGCCAGAGGGAAGUGACAGAGAGCGACGAGCUUUCCGAAAAGAUUCUGGACCUGUCCGGCACUGUGAGUCCUCUGGAGAGGGAGGAGACAAAAGAGGAAGAGAAGAAAGAAGGAGGGACAAAGACGAAGAAGGCAGAGGUUGCAAAGAGGAUUUUGCAGGAUUCUAGCAAAGACAACCCUUCAGCGUCUAAAGUGGACCGAUUCGUCCUCCACCAGUCCAGCGCCUCCCUCUCAAAUUCUUCUCUUUCGGAGCAAGGCGUCGGGCUCCAUCCAAAAACGGAAAGCCUCGGCACCUCUUUGGUCAUACAAAGGCCGGAAACCUCCAGAGGCCGGCUGUCCCGCACCCCCAACACCCAACUAGACGAUGAUGAAACCUUCUUCAAAAUCCAAAAGAGCCCAAGGGAAGAGGAGCCAAGCUGGAGAGUCAGAAGGGACAGAGAGAAGAAGGACAGGGAGAAUGAGGAGGAGGAGGAGAGAAGGAGAGAGGAAAGGAGCCUGAAAGAGAGGAAGGACGAGAGGGAGAGGACUAAGGCUGACAUAGAGGAGACGGCGCAGAGGACGCGCUUACUUUCUUCACUGCAGGAAGACCGAGAGCAGCUCCAGGCCUCGCAUGCUGUCCAACUGGAGAAACUCCGCUUGCAGCUCAACACACAGAUUCAGAAGACACAGCUGACACACUCGCGCAAGGAGUCAGAACUGGAGGAUCUGACAGAUAAGAUGGAGCUUAGAGCCAAAGAGCUGAAGAGCCAGGAGGCCAUGCUGCAGAACAAGGCAGCAGAUCUGAAGAGGAGGAGGAGGAAACUUGGGGAGGAAGAAGAGGAAGUGGACAGGCAGAUAGAGGUAAGACCUCCAACGUUUUCCUAAUAAAAAGAACAAUAUUAAAACACUCAACCAUCUCUCCCCACGUGUGUGUGUGUGUGU